AUGACUUCCUCGAAGAAGUUAGGAAGCUGUUUGGACGUUGAAAUUACAGUAACCGCAAAGAAGCUGCACAGAUUUACACAACGCUUGGAAAAAAAAUACCAGGAGAUGCUGACUUUGAAUGAGGCAAUGUCUACACACAUGACUAUGGUAUCAUCGACUGAAUACUUAUAUACGGUUACUGAUGAAUGGGGGAAUUACACCGUCUGCAUGUUAGAGAAAAAAUGCGUUUGCGGGAGGUUCCAAAUUGAUGAGUUACCAUGCCCACAUGUUUGGGCUGUAUUGAAGAGCAAGUUUCUAAUACCAGAAGAUUAUUGCUCUAACUAUUACAAACCAAAUUCUAUUGUAAUGACAUACGAUGUGCCUGUGUACCCGCUACCAGACAGAAAUGAAUGGAAUAUACCAGCACAUGUUGCAGAGGAAGUUGUAUUGCCACCCAAAUGGAAAAGACCUCCUGGAAGGCCAAAGAAGAAGCGCGAUAAACCUUUCAGUGAAUUGCUGCAGCCGAAAAAUUAA